AUGACCUUCACCGACCAUCCAAUUGAGACCCCACCUCGCGCUCCCUCUCCAGUACAGCGCUUUGGAACUCUGGCCGUUCAUGCUGGGUCCCCCCACGAUCCUGUCACCGGGGCAGUAAUCGAGCCCAUCUCCCUCUCCACGACAUUCGCACAGAACGGCGUCGGGAAACCGGUGGGCGCCUAUGAAUACAGUCGUUCCUCGAAUCCCAAUCGAACAAACUUUGAGGCAGCCGUUGCAGCUCUAGAGCACGCAAAAUAUGCCCUAGCCUUUGCAUCCGGAAGCGCAACUACUGCGGUGGUCUUGCAGAGUCUGGCGGCAGGCUCCCACAUUAUUUCGGUAUCUGACGUCUAUGGAGGAACGCAUAGAUACUUUACACAAGUCGCGAAGGCACACGGGGUGAGGGUGACUUUCACGCCGGAGAUCGAAGUGGAUAUUCGGGAGCACAUUACGCCAGAGACAAAGCUGGUGUGGAUCGAAUCGCCUUCCAACCCUACUCUUCGGCUCGUGGAUAUAAGAGCAGUGGCUUCUCAAGCUCAUGAAUAUGGCAUCAUGGUUGUCGUCGACAAUACAUUCCUCAGCCCAUAUGUCCAGAACCCGCUUGAUCAUGGCGCAGAUAUUGUGGUUCAUUCGGUGACGAAAUAUAUCAAUGGCCAUUCGGAUGUGGUGAUGGGUGUUGCUGCUUUCAACUCGGAUGCUAUGAAGGAGAGAUUGGGCUUCUUGCAGAAUGCGAUUGGAGCUAUCCCAUCUGCGUUUGAUAGUUGGCUUGCACAUCGAGGACUGAAAACGCUGCAUUUAAGAGCAAGGGAGGCCACGAUCAACGCUACGCUUAUUGCACACACGCUGGAAGCUUCUCCGCAUGUCAUUGCAGUCAACUACCCGGGGCUGGACUCGCACCCUCAUCGGGCCAUUGCUAAAAAGCAACACCGUGAUGGUAUGGGCGGAGGAAUGCUCUCGUUUAGAAUCAAGGGGGGAUCAGCAGCAGCUGAGCGAUUCUGCCAAGCGACCAAUAUCUUCACAUUAGCAGAAAGUCUCGGAGGAGUAGAAAGUCUAGUUGAAGUUCCUGGUAGCAUGACGCAUGCAGGGAUUCCAAAGGAGCAGAGGGAGGCGGUCGGUGUAUUUGAUGAUCUAGUGCGGAUUAGUUGCGGGGUUGAGGAUGCUGAAGAUUUGAAAGCAGAUGUUUUGCAAGCGUUAGAGAAGGCAGUUGUUUGGCCAAAGAUCUCGAAUAUCUCGAAUGGCCUUUAA